AUGCCUACUAUACCAGUAGAUAAAGAAGAUUUAUUUCAAUUAUUAGGUAGAUCAUAUACUACUGAAGAAUUUGAUGAAUUAUGUUUUGAAUUUGGUAUAGAAUUAGAUGAAGAUACAACUGAAGAUGUUAAAGGUACAAAUGAAAGACCACAAUUAAAAAUUGAAGUACCAGCAAAUAGAUAUGAUAUGUUAUGUAUUGAAGGUAUUGCACAAGCUCUUAAUGAAUUUUUGGGAAAUUCAACAACUCCACCAUAUAAAUUAAAUCCUGAAAAACCAGAAAUAUCAUUAACAAUUAAAGAAUCAACUUUACCAAUUAGACAAUAUGCUGCUUCUGCAAUUUUAAGAAAUAUUAAAUUUGAUCAAAGAUCAUAUGAUUCUUUCAUUGCAUUACAAGAUAAAUUACAUACGAAUUUAUGUCGUAAUAGAACUUUGGUUGCAAUUGGUACUCAUGAUUUAGAUACUUUAACUCCACCAUUUACUUAUGAAGCUUUAAAACCAGAAGAAAUCAAAUUUAAACCAUUAAAUCAAGAAAAAGAAAUGAAUGGUGUUGAAUUGAUGGAAUUUUAUGAAAAGGAUAAAAAUAUUGGUAAAUAUUUACAUAUAAUUAAAGAUUCACCAGUUUAUCCAGUAAUGUUAGAUUCAAAAAGAACAGUUGCUUCAUUACCACCAAUUAUUAAUUCAAAUCAUUCUAAAAUUACACUUGAUACUAAAAAUGUUUGGAUUGAUGUAACAGGUACAGAUAAAACAAAAACUGAAAUUGUUAUUAAUACUAUAGUUGCAAUGUUCUCAAAAUAUUGUGAAAUUCCAUUUGAAAUUGAACCUGUUGAAAUUAUAUCUAAAUUUAAUAAUGAAUCAAGAAUAUGCCCAAAUUUGAAACCAAGAGAAACUCAAGCAGAAAUAUCAUAUAUUAAUUCAUGUUUAGGAUUAGAUUAUUCAGGUGAAGAAAUUUCAAAAUUAUUGAAAAAAAUGUCAUUAGAUGCAAAACCCUCAAAUGAAUCUGAUUUAUUAGAUGUUAAAGUUCCAAUAACAAGAAGUGAUAUUUUACAUCAAUGUGAUAUUAUGGAAGAUGCUGCGAUUUCAUAUGGUUAUGAUAAUUUAAAAAAGACGAAACCAAAAGGAGAAUCAUUAAUUGCAUCAGCAUUACCGAUAAAUAAAGUUGCUGAUAUUUUGAGAUUAGCCUCAUCACAAUCUGGUUAUUCAGAAGUUAUGCCAUUAACUUUAAGUUCUCAUGAUGAAAAUUUUAAAUUUUUAAGGCAAGAAGAUGAUGGUACAAAAGCUGUUUUAUUAGAAAAUCCAAAAACAAUUGAAUAUCAAGUUGUUAGAACUACUUUAUUACCAGGAAUAUUAAAAACAAUUAAAGAAAAUAGAAAACAUUCAUUACCAAUAAAAGUCUUUGAGUGUGGAGAUAUUGUAUUGAAAGAUGUAAAAUUAGAAAGAGGUGCAUUUAAUCAAAGAAAUUGGGCAGCAAUAUAUGCUGGUAAAACAUCAGGAUUUGAAUUUGUUCAAGGGUUAUUAGGUAAAAUUAUGCAAACAAUGAGAACUCCUUGGUUAGAAAAACCAAUGACAGAUAAAAGAAGAGGAUAUUGGAUUGAAGAAGAUAAAGAUAAUAAAACAUUCUUUCCAGGAAGAGGAGCCAAAGUUUAUUUUAGAUCAAAAGAAGAUGGUGAAGUGAAAGAAAUUGGACAAAUUGGAGUAUUACAUCCGGAAGUAAUGAAUUCUUUUGAUAUUCCAUAUGCAGCAUCAUCAGUUGAAAUUAAUGCAGAAGUCUUUUUAUAG